AUGUUGAGAAGCUUAUGUUGUCGUCGAUCCCUCCACACGUAUACACCUCACUCAUCUCAACUUCGAGAAAAAUUGUCCCAUUUUGAAAAAUUUAACGUCCUACCAAACAAAUCAAAGAAACAACUAGAACAUCUAACCGAGAGGAAAAGACUUAAAUGGAAAAAAUUAAACAAGACUGCAUACUCCAAGGAUCAAGCCCUCCAUAUCAUUAGAAAGAGCUACCCCCAGUCCCCACCACCGCAAAAUUUACAACUGGGACCCACUAGCGAAUCCGAUCUGGAAUUCCUCGCCAAGAGUAAAGAUAAGAGAUUAAUAUAUACAAUCCUGGGAAUCAACGGUGAACAAUUACGUGAUGCAAGACUUAUCGCCAGAGAUGUUCAAAAAUUCCUAAAGAGGGGACAAGUGGAGAAGGCUGUAUUCUUAACUAGACUGGCAAAGAAAAAGGGUGCUGCAGCAAUGAAUUCCAUUAUGGAAUAUUAUUUUAAUGAAUUAAAUCAACCUCAAUCUGCCGUGGAUAUGUAUAAUUGGAGGAAAAAAUGGGAUAUACCUAUUAAUGAGUACUCCAAUACAAUCUUAUUUAAGGGUCUAGCCGAACAAAAAUCAUCCUUCGUCUCGAACAAUACCGCGGAAAUGAUACUGAACAUUGUAACAAGACGGAUUGAAAGUGGGGAAUUAAAUCAAAUUGAAUUUAAUGCUGCAUUAGGCGCUCUGGCUAAUUGUACAGAUGUCACAGGUGCAUUUAAACUUUAUGAGAAACAAAUCCCAGGUAUUAAGAGAGAUGCCAUCACUUAUACAUGGAUGCUAAGAGCUUGUUCUAGAAUUAAAACAGAGGAAUUAUUUUUGGAAAUGGUAGAUGAAUUGAUUAAGACCAUUCCGGGAAGAAUCAUUGAUUCAAGAUUACUUUUUGAAUAUUGUAAGGCAUUCCACUCCAGAGAAUCACCAUCUCCAAAGAUAAAAUAUGCAUGCCUAUACGCAUUGAAUGAAUACUUCCAAUUGAGCUUAACCCCUGAAUUCUUAAAGAAUGUUCCCAAUUCAGAAUUGCAAUUAUACCCAUUAUCCCAUUGGAACAUUGAUAGAAAAUUUUCAGUAAAUAAACAUGUCAUUGGAUUAUUUGUCGAGAGUUGUUUGAAAGCAAAUUGUAACGAUGUUUCCAUCAAAUGGGUUAAAGAUAAUUUAUCCACAAGUAAGAAAACUAUGCUUGAUCUCCCCAUUUUCUACAGUAUCCUACAAGCAAUUAUCAAGACUCAUCCUACCACUUGUGGUGAUGAAUGUUCAGAAUUAUUCAAGGUCACAAAAUCUAUGGAAGGUAUCCCAUUUUCCAAACAUACUUUAAAAUUAGUUUACAAAGCAUAUGAAAGGCAAGCAUUAAGAUCUUACACGAAUAAAGAUGACAUCAAAUGUCAAAAUCUCAUAACUAAUUGUCAAAAAUUCAUCUCUGAAAACGAAAGCGUCUAUUCUAACACGUUAAAAGAAAAAGUGUACCCAAAGCAAGUUUAUCAAUUUCUUUUCCCAAUAAUAAAAAAUUGUAAUGCAAACGGGAAAGUCAGCAACGCAACUUUGAAAUCGAUUACGCAAGAAUUUUUAAAGACAAUAUUAGCUGGAUUUUAUAAUGAUGGUAAUGAGAAAGAAUCCAUUGAAAAGAAAAAAUAUCUGGCACUAGAAGCCAUUCGCUUUAUCAACACAACCAUAGAAAGAAUGAGAAUGGACGGUUUUGAUGGUGAUAUUAAAAAACUACCUACUGAGGAAAGAAAGACUUUUCAUACAAGAAGGUUGUUAUUAAGACUCAAAGAAAAUCUUCUGGAACAAAUUACUGCCUUUGAAGGAAAAGAUACCAAGUCAUUGGAUGAAAUUCAAACCGGUCUCAAACAAUUAACACAGCGACUAUUGCCCAAACUUUCGGAAAAUACCGUACCACUUUAG